AAUGGAUUUUCUAAAGGAUCUUAACCAACCGAAAGUGUACGAACUAAAGAAGGCGUUCUGCCUGUUUGAUCUCGAUGGAGAUGGAGUGAUUAGUGAGCAAGACUUGAAAAACACAUUCUUAACUCUAGGUGUGGAUAAAUCGGAGUACGACAUUGAUCAAAUGUUUGACGGAGUAGUGCAACCCCUCAAUUUGGAUGUUUUCUUGCUGCUGAUGCUGCAACGUGCCAACGGGCUAGCACCACAAGAUGUUAUGGUCGGUGCAUUCCGAAUGUGGGACAAGGCCAACACAGGCUUCAUCGACAAGGAACGCUUCAUUCACGACAUAACUACUUACGGUGAUCGAUUCACCCUGACCGAAGCCACGGAAGCUGUGGCUGAUGCUGCAAUCACACGCGGACCACAGCUCAACAGUGAAGGGCAGUUGCUGGAAAAGCUAGACUAUAUGGACUUCGCGGAAAACAUAUCGGGGUUCCAGAGGACAGAUCACAAGUAA